AAAUAUGGCACCAAUUUCUGAUGGCUUCACGUUAUUAUCGAGUCAAGGUCCGUCAAUGAUUGUUGUGAAGGAAACCAAGUUCGCUGUAAUACAGAUCAUCUAUAGUCAAGACAUGGUCAAACGGUUGAAAAGAAGUUAUUUGAAAUUCUGGUUACUAAACAAAAAUAAAGUCGGCACGUCGGAGUUGAAAUCCUCAAAGCAGCGUGGCACGUUUCAAGAGUCGUUGCGGUUAACUUUGAUAAUUGGGCAAAUGUUCUCGCUUUUGCCCGUCGAGGGAGUGUGCAGCAAAAAAGCUUCUUAUGUCAAAUUCACAUGGACAUCAUGGAAAUGUUCCUAUCUAUUGCUCUCCUUGCUUGGACAAAUAUUUAUCACGAUUAUGUGCAUCUAUAAAGUAGCACACUCUACGACGUCGUUAAAUAACACAACACCGGUGAUCUUCUACGGAACAACGUGUAUGACAAUGAUAUUAUUUCUUCAAGUAGCAACCAAGUGGCCCAAGUUGCUACAGCACAUAUCCCGCGUUGAGGAGUUGGAUCCGACCAAUGAUCAGAAUCUCACCUACAAGUGCAAUGCUACUUGCAUUGUAGUGCUGACAUUAGCUUUGGUGGAACACCUCCUGUCCUUGAUAGCAGCAAUUACAGCGGCAUUGGUGUGCCACGAAUACGAAUCAUCUUACUCGGGGUUCGUGAAUUAUUUCUACCCUUGGGUCUUCAAUUUUUUGCCCUACUCUCUCUGGUUGGGUGUUUUCACGCAGUUCCUCCAUUUCCAGUCAACAUUUAUUUGGAACUUCUCUGAUCUGUUUGUGAUUUGCAUGAGCUAUUAUUUGACUUCUCGGUUGAAUCAUGUCAAUAAGAAACUACUUAAUGCUCAAGGAAAGUAUUUACCGGAGUCAUUCUGGCGCACAACCCGGGAAGACUACGGGCGCGCCGUGCAGCUGGUAAGGAAGGUGGAUGACGUCAUCAGCGGAGUUGUCUUCAUCUCCUUCGCUAACAACCUGUUCUUCAUUUGCCUGCAGUUGUUCAACACUUUGGUGGAUGGAAUCAGUGGGACAAGUGAAUGUGCAAGUAAAGCUAAAGGGAAAAGCAGUCUACUCAACGGUUAUGAAGCAGCUGCAUACUUUCUGUUCUCUCUUAUAUACCUCAUUGCCAGAUCAAUAGCAGUGUCUCUUAUCGCUUCACAAGUGAACUCGGCGUCUACUGUACCAGCUCCUGUACUAUAUGACGUACCUUCACCAGUGUAUUGUGUUGAGGUCCAAAGGUUUCUGGAUCAAGUGAACGGGGAUAAGGUCGCGCUGAGUGGUUUACAAUUUUUCAGCGUUACACGGGGUUUGCUCCUUACUGUAGCCGGUACUAUAGUGACGUACGAACUAGUCAUGUUCCAGUUCAGUGGACCUCAACCCGAUGCAGUACCAACUAUAUCAACUUUGUCGUACAACACCACUGUUGCAUCGAUAUUUUAAUGGACAUAUUUUGUAACUUUUAACUAUUAUUGAACUGUAGCU